AUGUCAAGGACAGAGCCAACGAAACGCGGUCGUAAUCCAUCCUUUAAACGCCUUUUCAGUCGUAACGACACGUACCCAAUUGCACGGGCAAAUUCUCUACUGUCAACAAUACAUGCCAGCUCUGCAGAAUCGCCUCUAACCUCCCUAAUCAAGGAUCUAAGAAGGCAUGAGUGGCAGGUUCUCAGUCUAUCAAGCACUCUCGAGAAAGAGCGUGCAGAUCACAAGAAGCAUUUCGAUGACCUCAAAGCAGCUCAUGCAAAGGACAUCGCGAUCGUCAACGAGAACCACGUUCGGCAGCUCAUGGAUAUCAACAUGAAACACAAAGAAGAUAUUACACGCGUCAAGAUGUGGUGUGAGAUGAAUCAACCGAGGCCAAAUGAGCUAGCCCGGAUUCUCGAAAGGCAGCGAAGGUCAUCACUACAAGCUGAGUUGUGGUUGAUAAAGGAAGAGGCAGAAUCGCGAGAUCUGUGGGAUGAGGGCAGGGUUCAGGAGCUGAAGCGUGAGAAGAAAGAGGUCGAGAAUCGAUUGGCAAAGUUGCAGAGGCAAUGGGAUGAUAUGGUGGCUUGGUUAUCCGGCUAG